GAAGGAUCGGACCCACUGCACGAUCAGAAAGUGCGACCGUCGUCCAACAUGCCGAUCAACCAGCCCGCAAACCAAAUUAAGCUCACUAACGUCUCUGUCGUUCGUUUACGGAAAGGAGGCAAGCGAUUCGAGAUUGCCUGCUAUAAAAACAAAGUACGAGAAUGGCGGACUGGAGUUGAAAAAGACCUGGAUGAGGUAGUACAGAUCCAGAAUGUUUUCGUCAACGUCUCAAAGGGGCAGGUAGCGCCGAAUGAAGAUUUGCAGAAAGCGUUCGGGACGAUAAACACCGACGGCAUUGUGUUGGAAAUUCUCAAAAAGGGAGAGCUGCAAGUGGGAGAGAAGGAGCGCUCGCAUGAGCUAUCAUCAUUGUGGCGCGACAUUUCUACACAAAUUGCAGAGAAGUGCGUCGACCCAUCCAGCAAGCGGCCGUAUACCGUCGGCAUGAUCGAAAAAGCCAUGUCAGAGAUCCACUAUAGCGUCAAGCCGGGAAAGAACGCCAAAUCUCAGUCGGUAGAAGUUAUCCGUCUUUUACAAGAGAAAAAGAUCAUCCCGAUUGAGCGAGCAAAGAUGCGUGUGCGCAUUUGCAUGCCCAACAAGGAUGGCAAGCGCCUCAAGGAAAAGGUCCUCUCGCUGGUGGACCAUGUGGAGGAUGACGAUUGGACGGAUGAGUGGGAGCUCAUCGCCACGAUCGAUCCCGGUGCACUCCGGCACAUCAAUGAGAUUCUCGAGACGGAAACCAAGAGUCGAGGGCGCGUUGAAACUCUCAGCUUUACAAGCAUUGGUGACGGCGGCGAAGAGGAACUCGAGUGAUGCAACUUGUACUCUCGUGCGUGUCCAUGACCCCGUGGUGCUCAUUAUUUACGCUACCGUGCAGUCCCCUGCAUGGUUCGGUUCAUGUCUUCUGAGAGCAGCGGCAGG